GUCACUUGCAAUUCUAAUUGAGUUGUUAACUUAUUUCUCUUCUUGACAUAUUGUAGUUUCAACUAAUGGAGUUUAUCUCUAACAAGCUUCUUUUUAUUUCAAUGUUUUGGCUUGUGAUCCUAAGUCCUCUAGUGUGCUGUCAACUUUAUUAUAAUUUCUAUGACACAACCUGUCCAAACCUGACCCGAAUUGUUCGAGACAACGUUUGGUCAGCUAUGACCAAGGACACAAGAAUUGCUGCUUCUCUAUUGCGCCUUCAUUUCCAUGAUUGUUUCGUCAUUGGAUGUGAUGCGUCUGUGCUACUUGAUGAUACUGACACUCUAAAAGGGGAGAAAAAUGCACUGCCUAAUAAAAAUUCAAUCAGAGGAUUUGAGGUCAUUGACACAAUCAAGUCUGCUUUGGAAAAGACUUGUCCCUCCACUGUGUCAUGUGCUGAUAUACUUACUCUAGCAGCAAGAGAAGCUGUUUAUCUUAGCAAAGGGCCAUUUUGGUCUGUGCCUCUUGGUCGUAGAGAUGGUACAACAGCAAGUGAGAGCGAGGCAAAUAACUUGCCAUCACCCUUUGAGCCUCUAGAAAACAUUACUGCAAAGUUUGUAUCCAAGGGUCUUGAAAAGAAAGAUGUAGCAAUACUCUCAGGUGCUCACACCUUUGGAUUUGCUCAAUGCUCUACAUUCAAACCAAGGCUCUUUGACUUUGAUGGAUCUGGAAAAUCUGAUCCAACACUUGAUGCCUCACUCCUAGAAAAUUUACAGAAACAGUGUCCAAAUCAAGUUGAUUCUGACACCAAUUUGGCUCCCUUGGAUGCUGUGACCACCAACACAUUUGAUAACAUGUAUUACAAAAAUGUUGUGAACAAUUCAGGGUUACUUGAGUCAGACCAGGCUCUUUUGGGGGACAGCACAACUGCUUCAUUGGUGAACAACUAUAGCAAGUGGCCUAAUUUGUUCUUUAGAGACUUUGCCGUAUCAAUGGAGAAAAUGGGUCGCAUAGGUGCACUCACAGGACAACAAGGGCAAAUAAGGACAAACUGUAGGGUCGUGAACUAGAUAUAUCCUAUCCUUUAGUGACUUGUAUUUUACAAUUGUAUUUUAUAGACUCUGCUUAGAUAUAAGUUUAGAAGUAUUUUUAAGA